GAUGAUUUAAUCCCCAUUUUCAACAAGAUGUCCAAAAGUAAAAAAGUGGUGACUUUAACAGGUGCUGGUAUUUCUUGUAAUGCUGGUAUUCCAGAUUUUAGAUCUUCAAAUGGGUUAUACAACAUGAAUCCAAGCUCAAGACCUAUAAAGGGUAAAGAUUUAUUUGAUAUAUCAUUAUUUAAUUCACAUGAAACGAUAUCAGAUUUUGCUAUAUUCAUGUCAAAGUUAUAUUCAGAAACUCAAAAGGCACAACCAACUAAAACUCAUAAUUUUAUUUCUAAUUUAUCAAAAGAGAAUAGAUUAGUAAGGUGUUAUACACAAAACAUUGAUGGUUUAGAAGCCAAAUUAGGCUUAAAAAUGGAUUUUGAACAAAAUCAAGAGAAAACAUUAUUACAAACUUGGAAAAACUUGGAUGUUAUACAAUUACAUGGUGAUUUAAACACUUUAUCGUGUACUUGUUGCUAUAAGGCAAUCAAUUGGUCAAAUGAAGAUUUUGAAACUUUGUCAUCUGGUGAAUUACCAGAAUGUCCAAAUUGUAUCGCUAAAAGAGAUGAAAGAAUCGAGUUGGGUAAAAGAGUUACAAGUUCAUCACUAGGUAGAUUAAGGCCAAAUAUUGUUUUAUAUGGUGAAAAUCAUCCUUUUUCCAGUAUAAUUACAACUGGUCUGAAUUCAGAUUUGAAAUCGAGGCCUGAUCUAUUUAUAAUAAUGGGUACUUCUUUAAAAGUUCACGGUGUUAAACAACUAGUGAAAUCAAUGUCACAGUCUGUUCAUUCAAAGAAUGGGAUCGUUAUCUUAAUCAAUAAGGAUAUAAUAACAGGAUGGAAUGGAAUAAUAGAUUAUCAAAUCCAAAGUGAUUGUGAUGAGUUUAUA